AUGGCAACAAAGUCAAACUUCAAGCGGGCCAUGCCCCAGACACAGCCCGCCGUCCUGGCGUCGCUGCGGUCUACGCAGCUCGUCGACGACUCCAAGGCGGUUCUGCCUGCAGAGCUCAUCAACGCAAUCCUCGACUAUCUGCCCGUUGCCGACAUGUUUAGCUUCGCCCGCACCUCGAAACGUAUGCGCGAAAUGGUGUACGAUGACACCCGGUGGAUACAACGCCUCCGCAGCAUGGGCUGCUGGAACGAAGUUGAAGCAAAGCGUAGAUUCGAGGAGACUAUGCGCAAGAAACGCGAGGCACAGAAGGCUGAAGAGGCACGUCUGUCUGGCGUCACGCUCAAUGGAAGCACCAAUGCCAUGCCGCCUGGGAGUGAUGUAUCUGGCAAGACGAGCAUGACGCUCUUCGAUGCAGCCAUAGAGGAAGACACACUAAGGAAAUCUCAAGAAGAUAGAAACAGGCCACAUCCCACAACGCUGGAUGAAGGCUUCAGCGACAUGACCCUGUCGCCGUCCGGGACCUUGGCCCCGACUUCCCACAUCGUGGACCCACAAGCGGCUGUCAAAGUGUUAUCCAACGUGCGUUCCAUCAGAGGCAUGGCACGGCAAGAGUAUGGGAAGAUCUACGGGGCACUCGCCCCAUUCUAUUUUGAUCUGGAGAGGUCCAGAAGCCACACAGAUCCCAUACUCUUCCGCACCUACCGUGACCCUGAACAACAGGCCCAGAUGCUCGCACAACUCAAAAUAUUUGCGAAGAGCGACUAUGCGCAAGGUUGGAGUCAACGGGAAGAGAAACUAGAUACCAUGACCGGGAUCUUCGAAAAUGCCGUGCUUCGGGAGUUUGAGCAAGGGUACGCCGAGAAAGAUUUCGACGGUCGCAUGAAGAGGUUUGCGACAGUCCUGGUAGCCCUGAACGGUGGUGCGGCAUGUCUAGACUCCUUCAUUCAUAACCACCCAUUGAUGUUGGAGAAAGAGAAGCUUGGAAAUCCCACCGACUGUCUCCAAAAUGACACCUUGACGCUGAAACCAUCACAUGAAUUCUUCAGAGGAUUGGCCAUGGCACUCAACGAGGAAGCCACCAUCAUCGAUCGUGUCUUCCCACCUGCUGUCGAUGUCUUACACACUUUUCUAGAGCGCGUAGCAGACGAUGUCAUCGCGGAGUAUCUCACCACCUUGUUCGACGAGGCUCACGAAGUGAGCAUUGAGGCGUACCUAGAAGCCAUUGCAGGAGUAUUCGAUCAAGCGCUCCAACUCGCAAUGUCCUUGAAGCAUACAAAGGCGUCCAAACCAGACUUUAACGAAGAAGCGAAGCGAAUUGUCUCCCGCUGCUUUGAGCAGCAUGUUGACCUUUACCUACAGGAAGAGCUAGACCACUUCAAGCGUAAGUCGGCUGCAGAGGUCGACACAUGGGAGAAGCGGCUGCAAGAAGAAGAGCAGAGCACCGAAACCCUAUUCAUGGCAAACGUCAACAGAAAAGCGGUAAAGCAGGACUUUUUGUCCUCGUUCAAGAAGGUCGUUAUGAUGCCUGUCAAUGUACUUCCCUCCAUGGGCGGCUCGACAGCUAGUAAGUCCAAUGACACUGUAAGUGGAGCGAAUAGGAAUAGCACCUUCGACCCGACCUCAAGAGUCGGCACUCCAGUUCCUGGCGAAGGCACCUCGACGCCACGAGCUGAAGCUCCAACAACUGAGCUUGCUGCCAAAGCAGCAAUCAUGAGCUCUCGAUUGGAAGGUAUCCGGUCACUGUUCAGUAUUGAGGUGGCUCUGAACUUGACACACAUGGCAAAGUCAGGCCUUGAACGGGCUGCACGAUUCGUCCAGCUUGGUGGCCAAUCGGGCGAAGAGGCAAAAGAGCAGUCGGAGCAGAUAUUUAUCAACCUAGUCCACAUUCUCGGUAAUCGUCACGUGAAGCUGGGCUUCGACAAGGCUGUUAGCCACUUGGCCGACUACAAGCCGCGCGAAGUAGCAGAUCACACCAAGGAGGGCGUUGCACCCCUUGUGGCUUUUUUGGAACUGGUAAAUGUUGGAGAUUUGAUUCAGCAGAUGGUCGAAGUAUUUUAUCUCCAGGAGCUGGUCGCUGCCAAGCUUACAGAUCGCGACGACUUUCUCAGUGUUGCAGCAAAAGAGAAGAAGCGUUUCGAGGCAAUGCUGGACGAGCGGGUUGCUGCAGGUCUCAACAAAGGUAUUGAUGUGCUCAUGGACGAAGUAGAGUAUUUGUGUGGUACCACGCAGCAGCCGACAGAUUUCAACCCUCCUGUAGGUCCCAACGGUCAGGUGCAGGUCAUGGACAUCGGACCCAGCCAGACGGCUACCAAGAUUGUGGAAGUUGUGUCAUCGCACACAAACAUGCUCAUCGGUAGCACUGACAAGAACGUGCUGGAUGUUUUUAACCAAGAAGUGGGGGUGCGUCUGUUCACUGCUCUUUGUAAACAUCUAAAGCGGCAGAGGAUAAGUGUGGACGGCUCCAUCAAGCUCAUCAGUGACAUGAAUGCAUACAAUUCCUAUAUUGUCUCGUUGCGCAACAAGCCGCUUAUGCAGUACUUUGCAGCCUUGCGCGAGUUGUCACAGAUCUAUCUCAUCGAUGCCAAGGAAGCCAAGGAGAUAGCUACCAUCAUUGCUGACACUGAUCGGUACCAUGGCAUUUUCCGAGCCGAGGAAGUGUACGAGUUUGCAGAGAGGAGGGCGGACUGGUAUCAGAUCAAGAGUGCAGUAGAGAAGCAAAUGUACGGAGUAGGAUGUUUGGUCAUGUAAAGGCUUCAGCAAGCAGUAGGCGGCAACUAGUUGCCGGAGUGCCAAGGGCCGGGAAGCAAGGCUGUUCGGUGUAGCAAUAGACUACCGCUUUGGUACCGUCAUGCAGCCAGCCAAUGGUGCAGUCAAGGCGACAGUGAGCAGAGACAAUCUCUUGACGUCUGCACG